CCACUUGUUUUCUUUUGGCCAGUAAAAAUUUCCUUUUUUUUAACUUUUUGUCCACCCCUCAUCUGCGUCUACAGUUGCAGAAAGAGAGAGAGAGAGACCCUUCAAAAAUGUCCUGCGUCUGCAUUGCAAUAAAUACAUUUCUUUGACUCUCCAGUGUUCCCAAGCUUUCAGCGUUUUCCUCAAGAAACAAUCCCCCCCUCCCCCGGCCCUGAGCUGUCCCUUCACUCUCUCUACCCCCUCUCUCUUUCUCCUGCUUUAUAUAGAUUAAGACCUCCACCCACCAUUGUUGCAUGCCCCGUGAUCGCAGCUUCGGUGACAAAAAUCCACAAUGCCUUCUCCAGUUUAGCGCGCUUCUGAUUGCAAACUCGAUUGAAAGCUUGAAUCUUUUCAAAUGGGUUGCUGUUUAAGCACCGCCGCCGCCGGAAAGUCCUCCGCUUUAGGUCCUCAGAAGCACCGGCAUUCAUUGGUGGGCAGUGAAGAGUUAAGAUCUGGCGCCGUCCGCGAGAGUAGAGCACCGCCGCCAGUAGAUGAAGAGACAGUGAAAGAAGUGCUGUCGGAGACACCGAAACCCAAAACCAAACCUCCACCGCAGUCUUCGCCGCCGCCGCUGUUCGAACACGAGCCAGUACUAGAUCGAGAUCAGGAAAAAAGAGCAGCUUCCGACGAAGAAGAGCUACCAGUGUUCGUUUCGUUGAAAACUAAACUCGACCCAGAAAAGAUUGAGCAGAAAAUACCCAUUAGCAACAACAAUGGCGGCGGCGGAGGAGAGAUCUCGGAGGUGUCGGAGAUUUGCAGCCUGAGCGAGAGCAUGUCGGCCACCACCGUCACCAGAGACGACGACGAAGAGGUUCAUCAGAGGUUAGUCAACAGGUCGCCGAUGAAAUUACGACAAAACCGGGACUCUUCAAUGGGUCAAAGGAGAGACCGGGUUGUGGGUAAGUCACCGACUCGGAGAACGGAAUCCUCUCCGGGUCGGAGAUAUGGGCCAAAUGGUGCUGGGUCAGUGAGGUUGGUUCAGAGCAGAGAACCGGGCCCGGGUCAGCAGCCAAUGUCCAGGCGUGGGCCGAGAACCGAGUCCAACCGGUGUGAUCCGGGCGAGAGUUCCGGUCGGAGGUCUAGGUCACCCGCCAUGAGGAUUACGGACGGCGGUGGGGUUAAUAGGACCAAUGCAGGUCGGAGCCCCUCGCCCAGAAGAUCCGGAAAGUAUCCGACUCGAACUGCAAUUGGUCCAAUUGAGAGUUCGAGCUCUGGUCCGACCCGGAGAGUGGCGGAGGAGCCCAACAAGGAGGGUACGUGGCCCACUACCAAUGAGUCUCUCGACAAUCCGCAUGUUUCCUUGGAGUGCUUUAUUUUCCUAUAAGGUGCAACGCCGUCGAUGUUACAGAAAUAAUAUUUCAAGUCAAUUAUGUAUUUAAAUUAACUGAUAACGUUACAACGCCUCGGCACUGAAGUUCUUAAGUUACUCUCCUAAAUUUGGACCUCCAUCUCUUUUUUGGGUUUAGAACAUAGAAGCUAGAAACCCUAGUGUACGUCUUUGCUUUCAUGGAUUUUCAGUAUAUGUAAAUAACUGUGAUGUGAAUGGGCAAUAUGGGAAUUUGGGGUACGAUAUAGUGAUGUAAGAAAUGAAGUUCCUGACUGAAGUGGGCAGAAGGAGAUUUGAUUUACCU